AUGAGCGAGAGCCUGUUCAGUUUGCUUUUCGAGCUAAUUAGAGAGCCUUCGAACGAUUUGAUGCCCGCUCUCUUGGAUACGAUCUCCAACCUUAACUUCCAAGGUCAACAUCUUGCUCAGUUUCACGAGUUGGCAACGGACCUAUUAGACCUCGUAGAGGCCGAGCGCGUCCCCGUUGUUAUCAAGUUUCUGCUCCACACGGCCCCCGCCGACUCAAUGCAUCUCUUGGUCCGCAGAAUCAGAAAAAACCUCAACGUCGAGUCACUCGUCGCCGAAAACGACCCUUCUCGCAUGGAAAAUAUAACCGUCAUCGUUGAAUGCUUCAAGGCGGGAAUGAGAGUUCGACGCGAUUUUGUCCACGCCUUCGUUCACGCCUUCUGCAACUCCACUUCUCCCAGCAACCACUCCGUUCUGGACAUCUGGCUGGUACUCAUCGCCUGCUCGGUGGAGCCAGAAUUGCGCUCCAAACUUGAGCUGACGCUUCGAGAAAAAAUAUCGUCCCGACACAUCGAAACGACACUUUUGGCCCGAAGCGUCGCCAAUUACGGUGUGCCCCUCGAAGACUUCGUCUCCAUUCUCUCUCGUUGGGUGCACGCGCUCCUUUGCCACGGCUCUGCAGACUCCAGCAGCUUGCUUCAGUCAGCUGCCACUGAAUUGGGCCUAGCGUUUUUCCGCGCCUUUUCGGCCGACGCUCACCGCCGCCAAUUCCUCCUUCACUUGAGUUCUCUCGCCGGGUCCGAACACCCGGGACAGACCGAUGCUGCCCUGUCCGUUCUCUCAUCGAUCAUCGAAAAAUUCGACGCGGAAACGCACCCGCAUGCGCACUCCAUCCUGAGCGGAAUCCUAGACCAUUUGGAUUCGACCAACUUGGCCAGCGGUCAAAUUUUCGCCAUCUAUUCCACCGCCGCGCGGCUCGUCUGCCAGUCUCCCGAGUCCUUCGACGGCCCCCAGAUCCUGAACCACCUGAAGGUGCUCCUGCAAAAACAAACGCUCCACCCGGAGCUCAGGUAUAGGCUGACCGGCGCAAUAGGGUGCGCCGCCUUAACCUCGGUCUUAGGCGCUCAAACAAUCCACCCACAACAACUCGGCCCAGCAAACGAGGCAUGCGCGUACUUCAUAAACGCGGGAUUUCAAUUGGAACCGCCCGCGGCCUGUUGCCUCUGGGCCGACGCCCUCAGCCAGCAAAUACUGGACUCCCUGCACCAGCAAAACCACGCAUCCACCUCUUCGCUCCGCCCUCCGGUCGCGCAACUCUUGUUCGAAGAGUCGCGACGGUUCAUCACUCUUUAUGUCGAAGCGUCGCGAGCCGGUCCGCCCAAUUCUACCCUCUGCACUUGGUUCGACAUGGAAAGCUUCCUCAGCACGAGCGUCUACAGAGACGCCCUCGACGGUCUCCAAAAAGAGGGGGGCUCCUAUCGCGCCGACGACUAUUCCGAACUUGAGAGAAAAACUGUUCUGAACUUCCACCCCGACGUCCUUCUAUCCUUCGAUCGCGCUUCUCAGCUCCAAAAACUAUGCUCCAUGAUGCGCAUCUCCUGUCUCUCGGAGCGGAUUUGCACAAACCAGCCUGGCCUCCUCCCCCUCCUUUUGUCUCGCCCCUCUCUGUCUCUAUUCCCCAAACCGUCCACCUGCACCCCCAAAUCCGUACACGCGCACUUCGACGGCAUGAGCGCAGAGCGUCGCGACGCCGUCGCCGGCUGUCUGAUCUACGCCGCUUCCUGGGUCAGAGAGGCCAUCAAUCUCCUAACUCUGAACAGCUUUUUUCGUCCACAAAAGUUUUUUUCUAACGUUAUAGAACUCGAAAAAAAAGCAGCGCAAAUUUACCUGCAAAUCUUGGUCCAACUGGAAACGUGGCUAGACCACGUUCUGGAAUCAACCGCAGAAUACCCCGCUUACCGUUCUGCGUGCCACCCGUUGAUCGUACCGGAAAAUUCCGCCCUAUCCGCUAACUACCUUUCUCCUUCAGCUCCUCUCGCGCAAAAGGAGAAGCGUGCCGGACGCUCUUCCACUUUGUUCUCCAGCAACGCCGCACAAACUGUCGACCUGGAUUUCUGUAUCGCUCACUACCGCCGCAACUUACUCUGUCCUCCUGUCAAACUUCGACUCCGUCCUUUAGAUUGCCAUGCACUGCUUCUGCUCUCUUACUCCCAAUUUCCAACGCCCGCGCAAAUCGACAAUCAAGCGUUGUACCUCCUUCUACAGGACCUAGACCAUAAACUCAGCCGCCCCCCCGCCGCUCCCCAUCAGGCUUCAACCGACCUUUCCCCCCUCCUCCAAACCGGCUCCUCGGCCUCGCUCAAACUACCUAUCAUGUCGCUCUACGCCCAUUUGCAAUUUCUUGUCCACCAACUUCGCGUGACUGUCGCCACCACGACCCCUCUUGCCCUCCUCGCCAGAAUCGAUGACAUCGGCGUCCCCCACGCUAGACCAGUUUCUCCGCUGCUCCUAGACGCGUGCAUCGAAUUGAUCCUCCUGAUAUUCUCUAAAGUCUUCGACCCGUCGCGACUCCGCUCCCCCACGAACCAAACUCCGUCCUUCCUUGCCCUUCAUCUCGCCCUAUCCAUCACAAAAAUCGAAAACCCGCAAUCCGCCCAUCAGGUCCUCGCUAAUUGCUUCGACGAACUCAGCGAAUUCACCGUACCACCACUCCGCACCUUCUCGUGUAACCUGACGCUCCUAGAACUCCUGAACCAUACAACCCAUUACUUCUCUUCGCACCCGUCUCUGUUUUUGGAUCGCCGCAACCGCCUGUUCGAAAUUUCGCAGAGUUUUCUCAAAAAACCCCACACUGAAAAAACCUCUUCCACCCAUCAGCUUUCCCCCAAGACCCCCUCCCUCCCUCCUCAAAAGCUGAUCCGCCUACUCAAUCUGUACAUCCAAACAUCACCAGACAAGCUGUCCAUCAUUCAUUCCGUCAUUGACCACAUCAACCACCUCGUCACACCUCUUCCUGGCUUCUCUGCUGAUUCGUACCCCACGCUCACCCAUCAUACUCUGAUUCACUACUACCGCGCACUGUCGCGACAACUCGCCGCCCUCAUCUCGCAUCUGCCCUCGCCGCCCGACGCAUCUUCGCACCCAAUCGACGUCCUCUCCAAAUCCCUCCAACUCUACGCAGAUCUUCUCUCUCCGGCGAUCCGACUCGAAAAGGACCAGAAGUACCGCAUCGUCGCCUUGAAAACCGGCAGAGUCGUCAUCGACGCCUUCUACCGGCGCUGGUGCGAACGCCUCUGCUCCGGAGAAACCUUCUCCCCUCACGCGAUUCGCGCCCUGGAGGCGUAUCAGCGCGCUUCCAGAAAACUCCAAGUAAUCUGCGCCAUGGUAAAACAGCGCCAAGAGCUCAAAUUGGGUCGACUCAUUCCACCCAUCAUGAAAGGAAUCGAACAAGUAAACACGAAGGUCAAAGCACUCGAGGGCCAAUGCGCUCCAGAACACUCUAUAGACCUAAGAAUGUGGACGCUCAAAGAUCAAGACACCCACCAACGAGGCACCUGCCAAAAACCUUCUUCUUGUGAUGACGUUCAAAACGACGACGAAGAACCAACUUUUGAACAAAACUCCGCGUCCACCCACGCACAGGCGGAAAACCUCACUUCAACUCAACCAGCGCCUGAUAACCCAAACCCUUCUUCUCUUCAUGGUCCCGACGAACCCGCCGGCUCUUUUUUUUUCCAGCCUUCCACCUGCCAUCUUCCCACCAACACACAUUCGUCUCCUCUUCAAACUUCGCACUCGCCGCCUCCAUCUCCAAUCAGAAAGCGUCCAUUCCCUUUCCCUAUCACCAGCGCUUCUAGGCCAUUUCGCGCGCUUCGCACCACCUUCGACCUCCAACGCGCUUCAGAGUUUUCCCUUCUUGCACCUGAAACUGCCACCGCGUCUGAUCCGAUCGAAGAUGACAGCGUCGACAAACGGAAAACGGACUCAAUGGACUCCCUCCUGGACGAACUUGAAGACUCCCUGACGGAAGAGUAA